UUUGUUCAGCUACCAACCAAGAUCUUUGAAUUAUAUUUUCAAAAGUAGAAGAAAUGCCGAAGCGGAAAGUUCACGACGCCUUCUCGAAAAGCGAAGGCGGCCGAGGCGUUGAUUCCGACAGCGAGAGUUCCUCGUCAACAGACCGCUCCGACCCGGGAGGCUAUCGCCGAGUCUCCGGCGAUCGUCCCCUUCUACCAUCCGCCAACAACUACAACAUGAACAUGGACUCCAACAUCACCUACGAGCUUGACUCUCAGGGUAUCCCUCGGCAGCGCGGUGCCGCCAACGCCCGGGAGCGCGACCGGACUCAUAGCGUCAACAGCGCCUUCGUGCAGUUACGAGAUCUUAUCCCCACUGAACCCAGGGAUCGAAAACUUUCUAAAAUCGAGACCCUAAGGUUAGCGACAAGUUAUAUCAACCAUUUAGGUACUCUUCUUCUCGUCGGGGAUGAGGAGAUUGAACAGCCGUGCAUGCAUAGGGCCAUGCUCCGACCUGGUAGCGAGGCAGGCCCUAGGAUUAUCUGUACCUUCUGCCUGCAGAAUCAUAUGAGCAAUAUGAGGAACAGAGCUGUCAUGAACGUACACCAUCAGCACAUGCGACCGUUGGACAUGGAAGCUAUGAUGGCCCACCGGCAUCCCACACACAUGAUGAGAUAAGAUGGAUCCUUCCCACAUAAUAAAUUCUCUAUCACCUCAUGACUCCAGCAAAGACUGUGGAAAAGCGGCUGCAUGGUUUUAGGGUGGAUGCCUCCAACAUCACGGGCUCAACUAAACUCAUGACUCUAGCAAAUGCUAUCGGAAAACUGAUGUAUGCUUCUUGGGUAGAUCCUUCCCACAUCUCAGGCUCAACUAAAUUCAUGACUCCAGCAUAGGCUAGUAUGGGAAAACGGAUGAAUGCUUCUUGGGUAUAUGCUCCCUAAAUCACAGGCUCGACCAACUCGUUAAUCCAUCUGCUGCAAAUAAUAUAUGAAGACCACUACAGGUUUAUAGAGAGCUAAGAUCACAAAGAUGGAUGCCUCCCAUAUCACAGGCUCAACACAUCUCAUGACUCAUGAUUUCAACGAACUGAUGUGCUUUUUAUUUGGAGGCC